AUGAAUCCAUUAGGAAAUUCUGUUUCUUCUGUGAUGGAUGAUUUACCUGAAAAAUAUAGUGAUCUCGGUCCUUGCUUGGUGUCGUGUAUGUUUGGUGAGAUUCAACUUAAGGAUUGCAUGUGUGACCUAGGGUCAUGUGUGAGCAUUAUGCCACUCUCGAUUUAUGAGAAGUUGAACCUUGCACCGUUGAAGCGAUCCGGAGCUAGGUUUGUGCUUGUGGACAAGAGUAUAAUUUCAGUUGUGGGCAUUGCUGAGAAUGUGUUGGUGAGAAUUCAAGACUUAAUCUUUCUGGUGGAUUUUCAUAUCCUAGAGACACCUCCCAUUGAUUCGGAUAGGCCGUUCUCCAUCUUACUUGGGAGGCCAUUCUUGAAGACAUCCCAGUUCAAAUUGGAUGCAUUUUUGGGUGAUUACUCUUUUGAAGCCAAAGGGAAGGUGGUGAAGUUCAAAUUGGAGGAAACCAUGAGACAACCUCUAGAGGUCCACUCAAUUUUUAGUGGUGACAUUGUUGAAGAUGAUGUGAUUGAAGAAUACCUUGGGAGCAAUAAUGAGAUAAGUGUCAGUAGGAAUUUGGGUAUAAGAGGACUUAGCAAGUAA